CCAUCCCCGGAACCGCCUCGGCGCGGGCAGAGCGGCGGCGGGGAUCGAUCUCUCGGCGCUCGGCAGACAUCAGCCGCCAUGGCGCUAAGCGGAGUGCGGGUGCUGGAGCUGGCCGGCUUGGCGCCGGCGCCGCUCUGCGGCAUGAUCCUCGCCGACUUCGGCGCCAGCGUGGUGCGGGUGGACCGGGCUCCCCGCUCCGCCGUCUCCACCGACGUGCAGGGCCGCGGCAAGCGCUCCUUGGCCCUCGACCUCAAGCGGCCCCCGGGCGCCGCGGCGCUGCGGCGGCUGUGCUGCACGGCGGACGUGCUCAUCGAGCCCUUCCGCCACGGUGUCAUGGAAAAACUUGGGCUUGGUCCAGAUGCACUUCUGCAGGAGAAUCCCAGACUCAUCUACGCUAGACUUACUGGAUUUGGCCAGACAGGAAAAUAUGCUAAGUCAGCAGGGCAUGACAUCAAUUAUUUGGCUUUAUCAGGUGUGCUGUCAAAGAUGGGUAGAAAAGAUGAAAAUCCUUAUGCACCCUUAAAUCUCCUAGCUGAUUUUGCUGGUGGAGGUGUCAUAUGUGCACUGGGCAUUAUUACAGCUCUCUAUGAACGUACCAAAUCUGGCAAAGGGCAGAUCAUUGAUGCAAGUAUGGUGGAAGGAGUAGCAUACAUAAGUUCUUUCCUGUGGAAAUCACAGAAUCUGGGACUUUGGAACAGACCUCGAGGUGAGAACAUGCUAGAUAGUGGUGCACCUUUUUAUGAAACCUACAAGACCUCUGAUGGAAAGUUUGUGGCUGUUGGUGCCAUUGAGCCUCAAUUCUAUGAGCAGUUAAUAAAGGGUCUUGGGCUAGAUUCAGAUAAACUUCCCAGUCAGUUGAGUUUCUCUGACUGGCCGAAAAUGAAGAAAAAAAUUGCAUCCAUAUUCGCACAGAAGACACAAGCUGAGUGGUGCAAUAUAUUUGAUGGUACUGAUGCCUGUGUGACUCCUGUUUUAUCCUUUGAUGAUGUUGCCUCACAUCAGCAUAACAAACAAAGAAGGUCUUUUAUCAGGAAUGAUCAGGAAGAGAUAAGUCCCAGACCUGCUCCUCUUCUAUCAAGGACGCCUGCUGUUCCGUCGUGUAAAAGAGAUCCUUUUAUAGGAGAACACACGGAAGAGGUACUUCUGGAAUAUGGAUUCACUAAGCAAGAGAUUGCUAAACUUUAUUCUGAUAAAGUGAUAGAAUUCAGGAACCCAAAAUCUAAUUUAUAAUCACUGACUAUGUACAUCAGACAAAUUUCAGGCUGAUACAGUAAGGUUUUAUGCAUUAAAAAUUGAAUUAUGUAACAAAAAUGUUUCUAUGAUACUGCUUUGAAAUAAUUUAAAGAAAAGUUAUUGAAGUUCUAAAUUUAAUUGAAAAUAGUGGGAGCUGUGUACACGUGUACCUGGGUGUUGCGGAGUCUGGGAUGACACCAGGAUUGUGUUCUGAAGAUCUACACAGCUGGCUUAAUAAGCAGCUGAAAAUCCUCAAAAUUCUUCAUUAAAUAUUGUCUCCUGUGAAA